AUGUGCAAUUUGGCAUCGCCGGCCAAAAAGUAUAGAACCUUAAUACUAAAGAUCUGCAGAAAUAAUACGAAGCUAGAAUUUUUGACGGAAUGCAGAGUUCAUAACCUAUUUCCCAUGUCAAUCUGGAGGGUACGUUUACCGCAUGGAUGCGCGUCGCUUAUUCCUAAACUUAGAACAAUCUGUCUACGUAAGGCGAUCCGCAAUGUUAGACGGAGAAAGUUUGUCCUGCAGAACGAACUAAUAGAGCUAGAGAAUGAACUAUAUGACUACGACCCUAAGAUCUUAACAGAAGUUAACGCACGAGUAAUAACGUUGGCCGCACAAGUGACAGAAAGAUGUAAGAAGAGAUACAGGAACAAAAUGAUCUGGAUCGUAAAACAUCAAAAAGAUCGAUUUAAAGAAUCGAUCACCCCGAGGAUUAUAUGCUGGGACAACAUCGAUUUGCCUACAUUCGUAAAGGAAGCAAGUAAAUACGGGCCUAAAUACGCCCCAAUACCGGUAAUCAAACAGGACAGACUCAUACCAGAUAUCGAGCAAGCAUUAGAGGGCCUCAGCGAAACUAAGAAAGAAAUGUUUAGAUGGGAAGUCGCAUUGAAAAUCAAGCAUGACGAAUGUAAAAGAGACAGAGAUCCCAUAUGGCCUUGUAUUAGAAAAACUCAGAAAUGGAUUAGAAGCAACAACAUAGUACUCACUAGGGCGGAUAAAUCAAAGGAUAUGGUGGUUAUGAAGAGAACCACAUACGACCACCUUCUAUCAGCAUACAUUAAAGACACGUGCUGUACGAUCGCACCCCCCAACGCCGUAGGGAAACUGCAAGCAAGAGUCAAGAGGUUCGCAACCACUCCGCUAGCUAAAGAACUAGGUAUGAAGAAUAUAGUCGUACAAUCCCCUUCUACUCCAAGGCUGUUUGGAUUUGCUAAAACCCAUAAAAAGAAAAAAGAAAUAAGACCAGUUGUCGAUAAAGCAUGCGCCCCUACAAUAUUACUCGAAAAAUGGGUACACAACUUUGUUCGGCAGCAUGGCCCUAAUAAUCCAUACAGCGUCAAGCAACCGAUAGAGGUUUUAAACAAAAUGGCUAAUAUUAACUCGCAAGAAGUGAAAUAUAUGACGGUGUUAGACUACAAGGCCUUGUAUCCUUCCGUUAAACUGGAACCAUGCUUUUGUCAUUUAAGGGACUUACUACUGAGCAAGAUCCCGUCUCCAGAAAAGAAAAGAAAACACAUAUUAGACUUGGCACACCUUACAGUCUUCUCAGCGUUAUUUAGCUUCAAAGAUGUUACAUACACACAGAAAAAAGGGGUAGCUAUGGGCAGCCCCCUUGCAGGUACUCUAUGUGAAAUGGUACUAACAACGCUAGAAAACGCUGUGUUGCCGAAGUAUGAAGCGCAAAUGAUAAUGUAUGCUCGAUAUGUAGACGACGUACUUAUUUUCUGGAACACUCAACCCAACAUACAGAGCUUUAUAAAGGAUAUAAAUGACAAUAGAUUCGGCCUGGAGAUAGAGUUAGAGCAAGAAAAUGAUAAGAUCAUACAUUUCUUGGAUUUGCAUAUACAAAUUAACAACGUACGAGAUUUCACGACUAAAGUGUACAGAAAGCCAUCCUAUAACCCUAUAUUUAUUCCGUGGUCCUCUCACGAUCCUCCAGCAUAUAAAAUAGCAGCGUUUAGAACGUUAAUCUCAAGAGCUUAUUCGCACUGUAACAAUACAAAAGAUAGAAACGAGGAACUGAAUUAUAUAUAUAACUUAGCCAGAAAGCACGGGGUUAAUCUUAAAGCUAUUAUCAACAAGAGUAAUAGGAGCAUUAAGAGGAGAAAUUUACCUCAUAAUGAAGGAGUUUUAACGAUGGAAUAUAAUGCUUCGUUGAAUAAUAUUUUCCGACGCAUAGGAAAGGCCCAGAACAAAAGAAUCGUAUAUAAAAGAACCCCCACCACGUACCAACUAUUACGAUCUGAUAAGGAUUUAGUGGACAGAAGAACACUCCCCGGGGUAUAUAAAAUUCCAGUUACGGACUCAAGGCGACGUAGUAAAUUAAUGUAUGUAGGGGCAACAGGAAGAUGUAUCAAAGACAGGUUAGCAGAACAUCAAGCAAAUAUAAGAAAAAAACAACCAUGCACUGCGCUAGCCACCUACGUUCUAGCGGACCAGCAAGACGUCAAAGUUGAAUGGGACCAAGCAAGACUAAUGCAGAUAGUCCGCGACAAGAAACACCGGCAUUACGCGGAAGCCUGGCAGAUUUGUAAGGCAAAGCAUAAAGGCCUUGCAGUCAACUUUCGGGAAUCGACAAAAAUAUCGGCAGCAUGGUCCUCUAGCUUAAUAUAA